AUGAAAUCAGUUGAGGCUUCGGUUGAAUAUGAAGAAGAUAUUAUUUUGAAUAGAUUGCAUGAAGAAUCUUUUAAAAAAGGAAAACAUGUAUUUUCUUUACGAGCUUACGAAGUAGUUGACUUCAGCUCUCAGUACGGUGCUGAAGGAUCCUUGUCAUAUACAGCACCGAAUAUUCUUGGCCCUCCUUGUAUAUUUCCUCGUGCUGGAGAUCACGCUUAUGCCUAUCAAAUGCGCACAUAUGGCGACUGGUGGAACAUUUUGCCCUCAAGUCGGAAACAUUUCAUAAAUCUUCCUCCUGGAUGCCCUGCUGAAAGUCAAGACUUUGUUGAAUUUCUUGUAGAGAAAAAAGUUUCGCCUAUCUUCAUGCGGGUAUAUGAAGUUUACAAUCCUGGAGCCAUUGUAAAAAUAUUGUGCUACUGCUAUGAAACUCAAAAGUGGACUGUUUUAUGGCAAGGAGCUCCUCAGAUUCAAAAUCCUAGCAAAUCUAAUUGUUUCAGUAUUGAAAUUGAAAGCAUUGAUUUUUUAACAGAUUAUUACAGAAUAGAAUUUCAUCAUCGGCAUUUAAAUUAUUAUUUUGAAGUUGAUGGUCUUAUCUUAUAUGGAGAAGACAGAUUUCCCAAUCCUUUUACGAAUCAUAGUCUCCCUUCUACAAGUUAUUUAUGCUCCAAACCUCUUGUUAAGAAAGUGGUUGGUGAUAAUUUUUCAAAUUGUACUGUGAGCUGUUUCAAGGCUAGUGAACAAGAGUAUUCUGGUUUUGCUUUUGAUUUAUUACCACAUGAAAUUUUGCACACAAUACUCAGUUAUUUGGAUCUACAAAGCUUAUGCUGUACUGCCAAAGUAUCCAGAGUCUUCAGAGAAGUCUGUUAUGAUCCUGUGUUAUACAGAGACUUGAACUUACAGUUGUAUUGGCAUCUGGUUGAUGAGUCAGCAUUAAAAAAUUUAGAACCAAGGUUAAACUCAUUAAGGAACAUGAAUCUGUCUUGGUGUGGGGGGCAAGGAAGAAUUACUCAUCCAUACUUCAUUAAGUUUUUGGAAACGAAGUGUUGCAAUUUGACAAGCUUAAACAUUUCCUGCUGUCCAUUUGUCAACAACCAUGUUUUAAAUGCCAUUUCUAAAUGUUGCCCAAGUUUACAAGAGUUUGAAAUGAAAUCUUGCCACGCUGCUGACUUGACUCAAAGUGGUUUCAGAUUCAUCUCGGAAAUGAAAAACUUGAUUUAUCUUGAUUUAUAUAGAACACACAUUGAUAAAUCAUCUAUACUAACAAUUAUUAAAGGAUGUACUAAGUUAGAACACUUGCUUCUUGGGAGUUGUAAAAAUAUCUCUUCUUUCAAUGAACUUGCCAGUGCAGUUGGAAAAAAUUUGCCAAACAUUAAAACUCUGGAUUUCUGGAGAGCAUGUUCUUUAACUUGCAUUGGGAUUCUUGAACUGGCUGACAAGUGUCAUGAGUUGGUUGAGUUAGAUAUUGGUUGGUGCUAUAAAAUUGAUGCAGCAUGUGGGUGCAUCAAGAAACUUAUUAGUCAAUGUCAUAAUUUGAAAAAGCUGUUUUUAACUGCCAUUAGGUGA